GGGAAGAUGGCGGCCGGGCGGUCGCGCUCUCCCGCGGGCUGAGGCGGUCGGCGCGCUCCUGGCACUACGGUCUACAGCGGAGAGAGUCGGCUGUCAUUGCCGCCAUCGCCACCAUGUCGGAGCCGGGCCACUUGGGGGUGAAGCGGGCCGAAUCGGCGAGGCUGCGUCGGGCGGAGCAGCUGAAACGCUGGAAAGGCUCCUUGACCGAACUGGAGCCGGUGACUCCCGCCCGGAGCCGGCACCGCGGCGGGGGCCGUGUGCGCUUCGAGGACGGCGCCGUCUUUCUGGCCGCCUGCUCCAGCGGGGACACCGAGGAGGUGAAGCGCCUGCUGGCCCGCGGAGCCCGCCUUAACACGGCCAACGUAGACGGGCUGACAGCGCUGCACCAGGCCUGUAUAGAUGAAAACCUGGACAUGGUAAAAUUUCUGGUAGAAUAUGGAGCCAAUGUAAAUCAGCAAGAUAACGAGGGGUGGACCCCACUUCAUGCAGUUGCAUCUUGUGGCUAUCUGAACAUAGCAGAGUAUUUGAUAAGUCAUGGGGCCAACGUUGCUGCUGUGAACAGUGAAGGUGAAGUCCCAUCUGACCUUGCAGAGGAAGCAGCCAUGAAAGAUUUGCUUUUGGAACAAGUAAAGAAACAGGGGGUGGAUCUUGAUCAGGCCAGAAAAGCAGAAGAACAACAAAUGUUGCAGGAUGCCCGACAGUGGCUAAAUAAAAGGAAAAUUGAAGAGAGAAAGCACCCUCGAACAGGUGCUACUGCUCUCCACGUAGCUGCAGCCAAAGGCUACUGUGAAGUGAUGAGACUCUUGAUCCAAGCUGGGUUUAAUGUAAAUAUUCAGGACAAUGAUGGAUGGACACCUCUCCAUGCUGCUGCACACUGGGGGGUGAAAGAAGCUUGCACUAUCUUGGCUGAAGCACUCUGUGAUAUGGACAUCAGGAACAAGCUGGGUCAAACGCCAUUUGAUGUUGCUGAUGAGGGAUUGGUUGAACACUUAGAGAUGCUGCAGAAGAAACAGAAUAUGCUGCGUAGUGAAGAGUCGAACAAGUUAAUUGAAGCCGACAUGAAUGGGAAAGUUCAAAGUGGACUUUUCAAAAACAAAGAGAAGAUUAUUUAUGAAGCAGAAUCUCUGAAAUCCUUAGAGAGGGAAGAGGAGAGCAAAGAAUCCAGUAGUUCCAGCUCUGAGGAAGAGGAAGAAGCUGAGGAAGAUGAAGUUUCAGAGUCAGAUACUGAAAAGGAGGCAGAGAGCAAAGAAGAGUCUGUUGCUAACCAUUCCAAUCAUGAAUCCAGAAUUCUCAUCACAGAACAAAUACCACCCCCAGAACAUAACACUUUUACUAUGGCUCCUGCUAGAAAAUGUAGUCCAUUGGUCAACAAGCCUGAGGAACAAAAAGAUGAAUCACCGUCAUCAUGGAGGCUAAGCCUGCGGAAAACUAGCAGCCAGAAUGCACUUAGUGAAGACAACAUGUCUCGUGACACGCUCAAGGAGAAAGGCAGCUCCAUCUAUUACUCUUCUUCAACCCCUCGGAUUUCUGCACUAUUAGAUAAUCAAGAGAAGCAGGACAAGGACAACAAAAUCUAUUUUGCUUCAAUAUCCCCUCGAAGGUUAAAUAAUACAAGUGACAUUGAAGAAAAGGAAAACCGAGAAUCUGCUGUUAACUUGGUACGGAGUGGUCCUUACUCUCGCCAGCAGUGGAGGGAGGAACCAAAGGAAAAUGAGGCCCCUACAACUGGUGCACCUUCCACCUAUGUAUCUACCUAUAUGAAAAGUUCUUCAUUUGGUAGAAGUAGUGAAAUCAGCAGUCCCUACAUUUCAGCCAAUUGCAAUGCAUCUUCUACUACCUCAUCCACUAUUCUUGAUUCAUCUACCUCAUUGGGCACAGAGUGGCAGCUUGCCCCUUGCCCCACAUCUGCCAGGUCUAACACUACAGCAUCAGUCUACCAGUCUACCAGAGCCCCUUACCGGCAACAAAGUGACUCUAAAGUAGAGAAGAGCACAGAGGCUGUCUCUUCUAGCAUUCCAUUAAGUGUCAUAACAAAUAUCACUGUACCUGGAAGUUCUAAUGGUGUUACAAGUACUAAUUCUAACUCAUUGACUGGAACAGAGUCCUCUACUGGUGAUGCCAGGGAUCGAAGAAGGUCAUAUCUGACACCUGUAAGAGAUGAAGAGGCAGAAUCUCUAAGAAAAGCACGAUCCAGGCAAGCUCGCCAGACUCGUAGAUCUACCCAGGGUAUAACACUUACAGAUCUGCAGGAGGCAGAGAGAACCUUUAGCCGAUCUCGAGCAGAGCGGUUUACUCAGGAACAGCCAAGUGAAAGGUCAGACAGGCUCAGAGCUAGUGAGGGAAGCAGUGGAAGACAAGAAGAUACUGCCACAAGAGAAUCCAGGGAAGUCAACUCACCAUGGACUAAAAACUUGGAUGAAGAUUCUGCUGGUCGUCGAUUGAGAUGCCUAACCCAAGACAAACCUACAACUGCUGUCUCUCCUUCAUUAACUUCCAGUCUUUAUUCAAGUUCUCAUGUGCCCAAGACAAGUAGAUUUGUAUCUUCUGAUUCAUUGAGAUCAGCAGAUUACCAAAGCACAUCAGCUGGCAACAUGGAGAAAAAUGAAUAUGAGGAUCAGGACCUGGAUGACAGAACUUCAAACAAGCAGUCAGUAAGAGAGAGAAGGCGACCAAAAGAAAGACGGAGAGGCACAGGAAUCUCUUUCUUUACAAAGGAUGAUGAAGAAAUGGAUGGUACUGAAGAAGUAAUGGAGGACAGGCAUGAAAGACUUUCCAGGUUGGAUUCAGCAAGUUCAAGCACUGGCACUAGUGACACGUAUAGCGAUCGCCCCUCAGGCCGCAGCAGUGCCUAUACCAGAAGAGAGAAUCGUCUGGCAGCUCUCAGCAGCAGAACUGAAGAUGAUAGCAGCAAGGAUUAUAAAAAGCUCUAUGAGAGUGCCCUGUCUGAAAAUCAGAAGUUGAAAUCUAAACUACAAGAUGCCCAGGUGGAACUUGCAGAUAUUAAGUCAAAAAUGGACAAACUAACCCAGCAGAAGCAGGAGAAAACCUCAGAUCGUUCAAGUAUGCUUGAGAUGGAAAAAAGGGAAAAACGAGCCCUUGAACGGAAGCUUUCCGAAAUGGAAGAAGAUAUGAAGGUUUUGACAGAGCUGAAGUCAGACAAUCAGCGGCUGAAAGAUGAGAAUGGAGCACUCAUCCGAGUCAUCAGUAAACUCUCAAAGUAGCAUAUUGAACAAAGGAUGGGCAGAAAGAGGAGAUUUCUGUGCACAAGCUGCCAACCCUGAGACCUAUUUCUGAUCUUCCAGUUGAAAGAACUGCUGGCAUUUUAGACAUGGACCAGUUGGCAACACACACAGCUCCUUGCACUUGCUGGGCAUUUUUAUUUUGCACAGUGCUUAUCCCACCCCUCUCUUCCAAAACAUAGCAUGCCUCACCACAAGUUUAUUAUUUUUACAAUAAUGAAGUAAUUUAUUCAAAGGGACAAAGACUGGUUGGCACUGUCUGAACUACUCAAAACAUCUGCUGUAAGCCCCAUAUCCAUCCAACCUUAAUCUGAUGUAAAGAAGUAUCUACUGUAAUAAGUGAUAUAGAAGUGACUAUAGUGUCAAUCCAACGUGUCUUAAGAUUCUGUCAUGGAAUAGGAAUAGGGAGUGAAAUGGAAUUAACUCUUCCUUCUGGAAUUUGGGAGUCUGCAGUCUGAAAACCAUAGUGACUUAUUUCUCUGGGAGUCUCAAUGGUGUCUUGCCUUGGAAAUACAUAUUCUACAUAUCUCUCAGUACUUGACUGAUCUAUUUAAUGUUAAAUUUGAAAUCAGUUUAAUAUUGGGGCCCAAUCAUUUCCCCUUAUUUCCAGCCCUCCUCAUGAUGCUUCCUACUGUUUCCUUUCAUGGUUGCCUUCUCUAGAACUAUGUAAUAGAUGAUUCCACCUUAUAGCUGCCACAUUCUUUAGCUCACAUUACUGUCUCCUUUCAAGAAUUCUGGUGGAAAGACACCUAACAGCAAAGAUUGCAUAGGGUGGAUUUCCAUUUGUAUGAAAUAUCCAUGCAGGAUGUAUCUCUGCACAAGACAUCAACAUAUCUUUUUAUAAGUGAAAUGGCUCAUUUAUCAGUGAAGUAAUAACAUUGCAUGAAAAGCUGGGCAAAUAAGUUGGAUUUAAGAUAAUGUUCACGAGGUGCAAAAUUGUGAAAACACAAGAGUGUUUUCAGAGUUUAAAGUGGAAGAAGGCUGGUGGUUAGAGUGCUUAGUCCUGUGCAAAAUGCUGUCUCUCAGUCUUGGUGGAAAGCCUUGACAAAAUUAUACUACUAGUGUUUGAGAAGUUUAAUGCAAUUAUUCACUUGCACAGUUGUAAACAUAAAUGCAUCUGUCUCUAAUAAUAUCAACAGUAAGAUCAGUAGUAUUCAUGCCCUAGUUUCUGAUCAUACUGGAAAUUAAUGCAUUAACUUUUAUAGAUUCUCAGAAAGCUAGCUGCUUAAGAGACACUGCUUCUCUGGCUACAACAGUGAGAUUUCACUUGCAGCACUUAUUUAUUUCCCCCCCCAAUAUCUGACCACUGGGUUUGUUCUCUUUCUUCCUUUGUCUUCCAAAGCAUGAUAUCAAUUUCUGAAGCUAUAAUUUCUGGCCUAGAUGUAGACAGUUUUUACAGUUGAUUAGAACAGAGCCUUUGGGAUUUAAGAAAAGCAACUUAUACAUAGGUACAAGUGAGCAGUAGCACUACAGACUUUUUUGCCAUCAUUGCUCAGUGGUCAAAAUAUGUGAUUUUUUAUCUAUUGUGGACUACUGUAACGAAGAGGUGGCUGGCUUUCCUUUCUCUUUCAACUUUUUCUUCUGUAUAUUCAUGUAUUCUUGUUUUUACCAGCUGCAAAGAAAUGCAGAAUUCUGUUAAGAGCCAGGAGUUGCCACCUGUGAACUGGCUAAUUCAGAUAUUGGUUGUACAAAUGAGUCAAAGUCUAAUAAAGUGAAUAGUAUAUUCACUAUACUUAGAGCUUUGAAAUUUAGCUCUGAGGCUCUCAGCAACCCAUUGUUUUCCUCCGUCCCCCCUUUUUGGAGCUUUGGGUAUUGUCUAGGUUUCAAGGUGGGUCUAACAAUUAUAUGUGAUAGCUACAUACACUUUAUCAGUGCCAUGCAUUUUAUUCACGAUUUUGCUUUUCAUUGCUACCUUACUACCCAACUUAUUUCAGCCCCAUAGAGGAUUGCAGAGGGAUAUGAACAAAGGAUUUUUAGUUGGUCCUGUCAUACUCUACCAUAAACAGUCAUUAAUUGAAAAGAACAUUCUGUAAGAGUUCUUGCAUUCUACUAUUGUCAUUUUAUACCUGGAAUAUAAUAUCUUAAACAAAUCUCAGUUUUAAUAUUCAGAAAUGUAAGGGCAAAAAUCAAUACCACAUACUAUGAAGAAUUGUGCCCUAUCUAGUCAAGAGUUGGAAUUAGAUCAAUCUGAAUACUGACUAGAAUUUUCUGAGCAGAUUACUCCUGAAACAAUUCAGUAUUCUCACCCUAAUUUUAUUUUUUUUUGCAGGGGGGGAGGGGAGAGACAGGUAGAAACAGAUUAUUCCAUGGAGGUCGUUAAGAUGAAUGGCAACAGUCAGCAUCUUGACAGUUUAGACCUAAAUAUAUUUUUCUUAUGUCUUCAAGGAUUUCAAACCUCCUUCAUACUGAUAAUAUGAGCCCAUUUUUAUCCUAACACAAAUAAAAAGUCCAGUUUGAAAAGCUGAAAUAUAAAUGAGACUUGUACUUCUCUCAAAGUAUGAAGUAAAAGGAAAUCUCUAAUGGAAAUUACUUAUUUCAUUUGAAUGAAACAAUGUAAUUACCAACUUGAGAACUGGUAUAGGGGUUACAGUAACUCUAAAACUUUCAUUUGAAACUGGAAAGUAUUUUCAAGAAACUUUCUGAUUUAAUUAAGGGUUGAAUGUAUGCACAGGCAGAAGGUCUAUUCAUAUUUAAAUCAAUUUUAAGAUUUUUAAUUGAUCAAGCAAACUUGCCUCAAGAAUUCAGGACUCUUUCUUGUUUUAAAGGAUAUCUAGAAAGAAAAUAUUACUCCCCUCACUGAUUACUGCUUUGACCCAGUUAAGUUUAGGUUUAGAUGGAUGUUCUGUUUUAAUUGGGUAGUCAGCUGAAAUCUUCUCUGCAUAAAUUGCAAAUGAUAGAGGAGAAUGAUUGAAAGUUUAGUCUGUGACAUGAAUGCUUUCAGGCUUGUGGAUACUAGAAGGUUUUUAUUUAAAAUGGGAAAUGAAUGGUUCUGCUUUUUUUCUUGUUCCUGAAAGUUUUCACCUUGAAUACCUUCAUGUCUAAGAUUUUAAAAAUCCUUGUGCAAAUGCUUUAAGAAGCAUAAGAAGAAGCACAACUUGAAUUUUGUUCCUUGCAAAUGGAGACGUUCAGUGAGACUUGGUUGGUUAGAACAAAGUUUCAUAUGAAACUAGAGGUACUGUAUGUUAAAAGAACUCAGUAUAGGAAAACAAAUAUAAAUAGGGAAGAAAUCUUAAUAGCCAUUUAGUGGUAGAUUGGCUUAUAUCAAGAGAAGGCUUUCCUAGUAAUAUGGAUGAACCACUCAUAGAACAUAGACUAGUGAAGGAAAAGCAUUUCAGAAGAUAGGGAUAUAUAGGUGCAAGAGCAAGUAUAUAUGAGGACACUUGUAUUUAGUGACAGUUCAUGCUGUAGAGUGUGGCAUUAUUUCUUUCUGUCCAUAUUGGUUUACUGUUAAUGAAACAAUUCAUGGGUGGUCUGGAUGGUCAGGGAGCAUUAGAUUAAUUUAUAUUGAUUGUUUUCUAGUUCAUAUGUACUUGAUUUUGACUGUUGGAAGCUAGUGCAGAGUUGUUGGUAUCAUAUCACUUCCUUCUUUUCUCUUAAGGGCUGUUUAUGGAUUAUUAUUAAUAAUUGCCACUUAAAACACUUAUUCCCAUAGAAUAAUUCAAAAGUAUAAGACUAACCAUGUUGCAGUUUGCUGAUAAAGCCUUGAAUAUAGAAUAAACACAACCCCUUGGCUGUCCUUGAUAUAUAAAAGAUUAACAUUUGGUAUUUCUUAGGGCAAAAAUGAGACACUUGUGGCCCUUCAAAUGUUCCUGAACUAUAAAUUUCAGCAUCCCUCACCACUGAACAUGAUGGUUGAAGCUUCUGAGAGUUGUAGUUCAGUAACAACAGGAGCCUUUACUUCCCCAAUUCCUGCUUUAGAGGAAAGUUGAUGUUUGUCUCUAACGAAAUGAUGCAAAUGUUAAAAAAAAUAGGGUAAAGUAUACUGUCCUUCUGGGUCCAUCUAAUGAAUUCCCACCCCAUAAAUGUAUUAUGUCAUUGUCAAGAGCAAAAUGUAGACCUUUGCCCCAUUUAAGCCUGAUCCAUUGGGUCAUCAGUUUCUCCUUUGUACUUUCAACUUACUAGGAGAUGAUUUUCAAUUAUUUUACUGCUCACCAGAACCUAAAAAUGAGCUUGUUUUGACAGGAUUUCUUGCAGGCAAAUCAAAUAUUCCCUCACAAAGAAUGUACUAGGUCCCUUUCCUCUCACCUGCAUUUUUAUGAAGACCAUCUGCUUUUCUACAGUAGAUUUUGUUUUCUCCAUCUUGACUUUCCAGCUCCACUUGGCCUGCUGCUAUAUUAGCUGACCUGACAGGAAAGCUUCUGACUUGGUCCUUCUUUCAGGGAUAUUAAACAUGGGAAGCAGAAGGUCUAUAUCUCAAAGGCAACUAUAAUAUCUUAGUUUCAAGCUUUCAGCUUCCCAGGGCUUUUUCUUUGAAUGGUGUGUUUCGAUCACAUUUACCUUUGCGUUUGAAAUCUUUUUGUGUGUUUCUACUAGAGGCAGCAUGUUCCAAGAAGGAUUUUUUUUUUUUUUUUUUACCAAGAUUACUCCUUAGCAACUUACUGGUGAAAUCAUGCACUCCCCAAGGUUCCUUUUUUUGCUGGGGCAGGUUGAACUCUGGGUAAAUAUAACUUUGUAUGUUCUUGAGCCAACAGAAGGGUCCAAAUUGUGUUAAGAUCUACUGUGUAUCUUUCCACUCCCAACUCUGUUUAGCAUAUAGUAUUGAGGAAAGUAAAAAGUCCUUACUGCAAAUGAUGUUCCUGAAAAAAGAACAGCAUCCUACUGUUGGCUCACUAACUUCCCAGGCCCAAAUACUCUUAAGUGUAUCUGUUUUUAAAAAAAGUUUUACACUUCUUUGUAAAUAACUAAUUGGAGAAAAGACUGGCCUGUGAGUGAAGGAAGAGAAUGUAUUUUUAUGCAACUUUUUUGAGUGGCCUUCCAAAUUUUGAGAUGAAUGCUUUUGUUUUCCUGAUUGUCAUAUAGUAUUCUAAGUAUUAUAUGUUUGAAAGUUUGGGAAUAAUAUUCACAUCUAUAAUGCUUGUAAACACAACAGUAUUUAUAAAUGAAUAAAACAAAUGCUUUAACACUGUCCAAAUGUCUUAACUAGUGAAAGCAUGUUUCCCUGCAGCUGACUUGUUUCCUUAAUGAUGAAAGUAACUUCUCUUUUGAUUCAAGUUUCCUCACCACUUCAUAUAUUAGAACUACAAUUGUUUUACUCUAAGAAAGAAUGCCUAAGAUCAGAGUGCUAAACAUAAUCAGAUGUAAAAUAUGAAGCAGUGGUAUUGAGAAUUUGCCUGAACAAUGUGAUGAAUCAAGUCAGAAUAGGAAUUCUGAUAUGAGGAAGAUAAGCUUGUAUGAUAAAGUGACACAAGAAUGUUCUACCAUAUUGUUUUAAAUGGCUUUCUGAAAUACAGGCUGUCUUUGCAUGUUUCCUCCUGAAGUGACAAAUGAUAAAUAAAGCUGUCUACCUACAACUUG